UUGCGUUACGACAACUCAACUUGUGUUGCCAUGCCGUAAAACACUUCGUGCGACCUGCCAGUGCAGAGAGACAUACGGCCUUAAAGCUUAUAAAUUUUAUAGACGAUGAAAGUAGGAUUAUCAGAACGCACUUUCAUUUCAUAGACAGCGUUGUAGUCUUUCUCACGAUGAUCAUAGAGAAUGUUGAAGCCUUGAAGUCGUGGCUGGCAAAACUCCUGGAGCCGAUAUGUGACGCUGACCCCUCUGCAUUAGCCAACUAUGUGGUGGCUCUUGUGAAGAAGGACAAACCGGAGAAAGAGCUGAAAGCACUUUGUGCCGAUCAGCUUGAUGUCUUCCUACAAAAAGAGACGAUGGGAUUUGUCGAUAAACUUUUUGAAUGUCUGACAACCAAGAACUACCUGGGAAUUCCUGCUGCCAAGGAAGCUCCUAAAGAGGAGGUCAAACCACCUGCGGUCAAAUCUGAUGUUGUGGAGGCUGAAACUCCAGAGGAGGAGAGAGAAAACAGGCGGAGGAGAAGUCCUCUGAGAAACCGACCUGACUUCAACGAGUCCAGGAGCCGCGAUGACAGGAGGCGAGACGAGCGCAAGCGCCGUGACUUCGAUCGGCACGGGAAAAGUGGCAGCGACUCCCACCGUGAGCGGGAGCGCCACGAGCGACGCAGAGGAAGCCCCCGAGGGAGGAGCUACAGCCGCAGCCGAAGCCGCAGCCGGAGCAGGAGUGGCAGCCGAGGAAAGAGCAGGGACAGGGAGCACAGAGGAGGCAGAGACUUCAAGUCAAAGUUCGAGUUGGAAAGGAAAGACACUGACUGCUACAACUCUUCCAACACUUCCGGCUCCCAGCAGCAGCACCCGCCGCCUCUCCUUCCCCUGCCCACACCUCCGCACCCCUUUUCCUCCUCUUCCUCAUCGUCCGCUGGAGUCUCGGGAGCUACGGGCGUCCCCAUAGCGACACCGGCUCACCUGCCCGACAGCACCACAGACAGCUGGUCUGGCUACUAUGGCAGCCAGAGGCAAGAUGGUGUUGGCAAGCCAUUCAGCAACAAGGGCGCUUCACUCAAACAGCGCUGCAGAGAUUAUGAUGAAAAGGGAUUUUGCGUCCGUGGCGACCUUUGUCCAUUCGACCACGGCAACGACCCCCUCAUCGUCGAUGAUGUCAAUCUCCCAAGUAUGAUUCCAUUCCCGCCCCCGCCUGUUAUGCCCCCUGCCGGCCUGCCCAUGCCCCCGAUCACUGAGCCACCACCUCCCCUUAGGAUGCCUUCAAUGCCACCCUAUGGCCAGCCACCACCACCAGGUGUCUUUCCCAUGACUGGACCCCCACUGAUAGCAACCAGUGGGAUUGAUACCCCCAACCACCAAUCGGCAAUCACUUCUUCCCCUCCUAUCGGACCGCCUGGUGUGGGCCUGCCACCUACUCUUCCUCCUCCUCCUCCUCCUCCACCUCCUCCCACCUCGUCCUCAUCUGUGUCUCUUCGUCCCCAAUAUGUCCAGUCUGAAUAUAACUACGAUCCAGAGGGCUAUAACCCAGAAUCCCCAGGCCUGACCGGAGCAAGUCGUAACCAGUACCGUCAGUUCAUUCCCCGCGUGCAGACACAGCGCUCCAACCUCAUCGGCCUCACCUCCAGCGAAGGACAAGGCUCCAGAGGUACUGCCAACAUAGUGAUCCAGACAGAGCCUGCCACUGUAGCCAGCAUUCCUGGAAGUAACGUCUCCCGUUUCAACACGGAUCAGGACAACAGGAAGAGAACCAUGGGACCCAGUACAACUGAGGGACCGGCAGCUAAAAAACCCUGGAUGGAGAAACCAAACUUUAACAACCAACACAAGAGCAGUUUUCCCAAGAGGUAUCACUACGUGAACACCAAGCUGGAGGUGCGCAAGAUCCCACGUGAACUCAACAACAUCACCAAGCUCAACGAGCACUUCAGCAAGUUUGGAACCAUCGUCAAUAUCCAGGUGGUGUUUGGCGGAGACCCAGAGGCAGCAUUAAUCCAAUACACAAAGAAUGAAGAGGCCAGGCGGGCCAUAUCCAGCACAGAGGCAGUCCUGAACAACCGCUUCAUUCGUGUGUACUGGCACCGUGAGCCAGGCACCAACGCCACAGGGAUCCAGCAGCAGGAGCAGAGCUCAGUGAGCCAGGCGGCCGGGUCAGUGCCCAACCAGGGCCCACAGCACAGCAGUGUGCAUAAGGGGAUAAAGCAGCACAGUCCAGCCGCUUACGUGUUAAACAAGACUGUACUCAAGCAUCGGUUGCCAACAGGAGCUGUGGUCGCGGCUACAAACAAGUUGGACAGCCUGAACCCGAACACGGACGCUGUGACUGUGGCUCCUGCACUGACAAACACCCAGAAAGGCCCGUACACUUCCACAGCCCUCAAGUCCUCCUCAAAGAGUCUUGGGAAAACAGGAAAAGCACUAGAAGCACAGGAAGUCCUCAAGAAGAAACAGGAGGCGUUAAAACUCCAGCAGGACAUGAGAAAGAAGAAGCAAGAGAUGUUACAGACGCAGAUCGAGUGUCAGAAGGCCUUGAUAAACCGCCUGGAGAAGAAUCGGGGGAUGAAGCCCGAGGAGAGGGCCAACAUCAUGAAGACCCUGAAGGAGCUGACGGAGAAGAUCGCACAGCUGCAGAACGAAAUGAACCCUAAUCCUGCCUCCCAGGUCCCCAGUGCCAAACCCAACCACAGCGGGUCCAAGACCAAGACUGAUGUAAGUUUGGGCCAUUUUGGACAGGCUCAGAAGGAAUUGCUGGACGCUGAGCUGGACUUUCACAAGAAGAUGAGCUCCGGAGAGGAUACAACAGACCUCAAGAGAAAACUGGGACAGCUACAGGUGGAGGCAUCUCGGUUGGGUUUAAUACGGCCUCCGGUGGGCCGAGGUCGGGGCCGUGGGAAGAUGGCGCUGGAGCCCGGUGCGAUGCACAUGGGCCGAGGCAGGGGCCGGAGCCGGGAGAUGAUGGGUCGAAGCGGGCCCGUGAACCGGAUGGUGGUCGAUCACAGGCCGAGAGCCCUGGCUAUUUUAGGGGUCACUCAGGAGGAGAAGGAAGAGCUGAUGCCGCACUUUGUGAAAUUUGGUGAGAUCGAGGAUGUCCGUGACCAAGAUGCCAACAGUGUCGUCAUGACCUUUAAGACCCGGAGCGAAGCAGAGAAUGCAGCUAACCAGGGCGCUAAGUUUAAAGGUCGCGUGCUGCAGAUUUCCUGGUACAAGCCCAAGACGCCCUCUGUGACGACAGAACCAGAGGAGGAAGAAGCUAAAGACGAAGACAAUACGAAGGAAACUAGCUCUUAUUUGCCUGGUGAGGAGGAGGAAGAAGAGGAGGAGGAGGACGACGACGAAGAUGACGAGUAUGAGAGCCGAUCUUGGAGACGGUGAAGGCAUUGAUUCGUCGUGACCCGCUCUCCUAAAGAACCUGUUAUCCCCCCCCCACGUGCAGAUAAAAUCAACUCAACAGAGCUCCCAUUUGUUUUUUUCCUUUCCAGUAUUUUCAAACGAAGUAAUUUUAGACUCUAAUCAAAGUAAAAACGUCUUUACUUUAUUGUACAUGAAAAGAAGUUUAGAGGGCUGAUGUUUUUUUUUGUUUGUUUGUUUUUUUUGUAUCCCUCGACUAAACAAUUAUUUAAAACAUCUCAUUUUUGCUGAGAAAGAUAAAUGUUAAGUUGUUCUUAUAGAUAGAAAAACCUAUGUAAGUUUCAGUGUGCUUACCAGAUGAUAAAUAUCAGUAAUGCACAACAUUUGUGUCUACUGUGAAUAGGUAUUUUUAUACAUACUGUAUUUAAGCUCUUUUCUCACCAGUUUUUUGAAAAAUCUUGUCCUCAGUUCAGGGACAGCCAUUCCUUCACCGAUAGAACGUUCUCUGUUACUACCAGAGAGAUAUUUAUUUAUUUUUCCACUGCAUAAAUGCACUGGGCGGUGCCUGUAUCGGCACAGUACGGUGUGGUUUUCCAUUUCACUUUGCCCACAGUUGGUUUUUGGUAUGGGUUCACCCAAAAUAUAUAUAAAAACAAACAAACAGUGGCUCUCUAUCCUGGCAUGAAUACAUGCUAGUUUCUGUGUGUCGUUGUUCUUAAAUAAACAGAGCCACCGCUGCCCAGCACCCAAAGGGGCUGUUACUUUUACCAUGACCAUAUUAAAGCCCAUGCAGGUACAGAACAAUACCAGUGCAAUAGAAAAAUCCAAGCUAUGUUUACAAAUGGCCGUGUCCAUGCGCACGUCAGAUACAGUCUUGUAGUAAAUCUUCAAAUUUUCCCCACUUUCUUUCGUUGCUCAUUAAAUGUCCGGUGCCACUCUGUGUAAAUAUAAACGCCCACACGGGCGUUCUACAUUUUCUAAGAGUGUGUAACAUUUUUCACUUGUUUAAAUUCUGUCUCCUGGUCGUCCAAAAGGGCCAGACGGGACAAGGAUCAGAUCACCCAUUUCAAAUAAAUGUGAGAUCUAUAGACAGGUGUUUGAAUGUAAUACUGAACAAUUGAUUUUAAUAUAUAUAAUAUAUAUAUAAGAUAUAUAUAUAUAAUUUCUUUGCCUUACACAAUCAGCGGAUGGCUGAAUUUUUACAAGAUUUGUGAUUUACUUUUGUAAAUUUUGUAAAUGCUUCAAAGAGAAAUUACUGUUGUACUUUUUUUUUUAUUAUUUUCUUUUUCUGUCAUUUUAAACGAAUGACAAGUUUGUGUCAGGUAGAAAAGGUCAGGCAAGAGUGCUCAGUGUCUCUGCUCAUUCACAAGAGUUUUUUUUUUUUUUUUUUUGCAUUUGUGUUAAACCAGUCCACCUUGUUAUUUCACUAAAUUUGUCAUCAGAGUAGCGCAUUUCUUUUUAAAGACACUUUUCAGAGCUGCUGUGGGAAAAACACUCUGUUGAAAGGCACUGGGAGCCAAGUCCACUCUACAAGUGCAACCACAAUGUUCACAACAAGCUUUUGCGUUUCGCCUUCUUUACAUAUUAUGUGUUAUUGAAUCCUCAGGGUGGGAGGAAAGUGAUUAACUCACUCAAGUUCACAUGGAAAUGUGCUCGAUGCAAGAUUUUUAUUUUUUUUGAAAGUUUUUACGUUUGUGCUUCUCUGAAACAACUGUUUACAUGCAGCCUAAUAAAUUGUUUGAUGUACGCUUAUCAUAAAUCGACUAAACCAAUCAUAUCCCGUAACGUAACCAGUCAGAGGGAAGCACCAAAACAAAGGAGAGAUGUUAACUUAUUGGUCGAGUGUAGCAGUCGCACUGCUUUACACAAACACGCAGGCAGAAAUCUGUGUGGACACUGCAGGUUUCUGCCUGCAUGUGAGUACAGUGGGCAAAAUGGAACUUUUGCAAACGCUGUGUAGAACUGUUUGUGUGAUUUCCUCCCACCUGCAAUGACGGUAGCGCUCUUAUCUAGACCGCAUAUUUCACUCUUGACUGAUAACUCAGAAGCUUCCUGCCAGUGACCUCAUUAUUCCCCCUAUUUUAUUUUAUUUUUUCCCCUUCACUGUCUUUCAAAAUGAAGUUCAGGCAUGCAAUGGAAGGCAGAAGCUUUUCCCUUUUGCACUUAAUACUUUAAGAUGAUUUGCUCAUGUGAUUUUAGUUUUUUCUAUAUGAGGUCACCGGCAGUUUAAAAGGACAAACCUAUACUGGCAGGGUUCUUGCUUGUGUAAGUGAGGAUUCAGGGAAGGUCUCUCUCCUACUUUUUGUACUAUCUUCUGUAUGCUACUAUCACACAAUGGUGUAAAAAAAAAAAUGUAAAAUGUUUAUUGGAUAAUAGUUUUGGAUUUGUUACUGUUUAUAUUUGCAGGAUGUGGAUGUAUUUUCUUCAUGUAUUUUGUUUGUAAAAAAAAUGGAUUUCUAAUUUACUAGCAUGUUUGCUUUUGCCAAUAAAGAUGGAGGACUUGGGUGCUUGUAAGACGAUUUAAAAAAAAAAGAGAGAGAGAAGAAGAAAAAAAAAAAGAAAAAUUUUGAAUUGGAUCUUGGAGAGAGGAGAGAAAAAAGAAGAAAAAAGAAAAGAACAUUUUGAGUUAAAGAAAAGAAAUUUACCAAAAAAAGAAGUCAACAUUGGUAAGGGGGGGAAAAAAUACAAGCAAAAGCAUUCCAGAAAAUAUUACCUGAAA